AUGGCGAUAUCAACUACACACGAAAGUUCUCAGGAUGAAGCCAAUGAAGUCCAACUUAAAAGCGGUAGUUUGGCGUUGUCUAAACGUUUCUUUCAGCAGUUCGUGCGGGGUUUCGGAAGUGGACUAGCUCUCUAUGCUGGGGUUAAAGUUGUCGCGGCAAUCAUGAAGAAUCCUUUUCGGAAAGGAUUACCGGGAUUGGGAAAAGAUAUACUAUGUAAAGAUGGUGCCAGGUUUGCUACAUUUCUCGGUUUAUAUCCUAGUAUAUAUCAUCUAUCUGUUGAUUUACUACAAAAAGUGAGAACAACCAAGGAUGGUUGGAAUCAUGGACUAGCAGGUGGAAUAGCAGGUUUAUCUAUUAUAGUUGAAAGCGAUUUAAGAAGAAAAACUGGUUCCUUGUUUGCUAUAGCUAGAGCUCUUGGUUCAGGAUUGACUACUUUAGUCAAACGUGGUCACCUCACCAGGAUACCCUACUGUGAAACCAUAUCGUUUUGUUUGAGCUGUGCCUUUUUGGUAUAUUGCACAGCUCUAGAACCAAAUCUCUUGUCAAAAGGAUAUUACUAUUCUAUAUUAAAGUGGUCAAGAGAUUAUACCGAUGCUAAUUUAUCCCUGUUGUUUCGCAAACCAGCCGAAAGUUUUAUUUCUUGUCAAGCAGCCGGAUUACAUCAAGAAUCUUGCACCCACCACGCGUUCAAAGAUUUUUGUCUCAGUUUUCCUGCAUUUGCUAAAUUAUAUUUACCAAUCCAUGCAACCCCAAUGUUACUCUUCAGAAGAAAGGUUCUUUUUCAGAAGCCUCUUGUUGAAUUGCUAACUCUUGUUAGGAAUUUAGCUAUGUCAAGUGCCUUUCUGGCUACUAUGGUAAUGUUGGCUAAAUAUGGACUUUGUGUUUUGAGAAAUAUUCGUGGAAGACCACCACCGAUUCCACCACUAGUUCCGGUUGUGGCUGGAUUUAUUUGUGGACUUGGAAUACUGUUUGAAAGAGCUUCGCGAAGAAAAGAACUCGCGCUUUUUCUUAUUCCCCAUACUCUCUAUGCAUUUUACCUCCUGGUAAAACAAUCAAGACUCAAACCAUUAUUAGUACUACCACAUGGAUUCGUUGUUAUGUUUUCUGUAUCAAUGAUGGGUAUUAUGCAUGCUUAUGAAAGAGAACCAAGAUCUUUGACACAACUGACACGUGGAAUCCUAAACCUUUUUGUUGGUAAACAUAAGCAAUAAAGAUUAAUAAAAACUAUUAUGUACAUAUAUUUAAAUUAAUAAUUGAGACAUUUUGAGGCAAGGACUGACAUGGGUGUAAUGAUGCAAAAAAAAUGUAUCGUGAUGUUUUUGUUUAAAAUUAGUUUUUGCGCACGACACUGCUAAAACGACAGAUUUGAAACCAUACAAAUAUAAAAAGCCCAUCUGGUCUCAGAUCAAGAAAUAUUUUCACAAGCUAAGUGAGAAAAUCCCUUGGCGAUUUCAGUUUCAGAAGGAAAUAUAUUUACAACUUUAACAUAUAGAAUUCAUUGGUAGGUUUUAAACGAAGUUUUAAAAUAACGAUCUCUUCUACGGUUAAUCUAUAAGCUCGAUCCGAAAAUUUCGAAAGUGGCGCUAAAAUAGGAAAUUAAUUGCAGAUAGCGGCAACAGCUUAAAAUAUGGUUUUCAGCUAUUUAAUAAUUGCUCAGGAGAAAAUGGGUUGUCAUUUGAAACAGUGAGAGGACAUCAUUUCGAACCUGAAUAUUCCUACGAGGAACUGGUUGCCUCGAUUAGAGGAAAGCCGUGAAAUCAAUAUCAAACAACCAGUGCAUCACCUUGUGCUGCUAUGAAAAAUAAACUAAAAUGAUAUUUCUAAAACAAUAGUAACUUUACUCUCUUGUCCAUACUGCUUAUAUGUGCUCUAAAGCCGUAAUGGGGCGACCUUUAUUUAUUACAUACUGUAUUAUAUUGAUUUUCA